GAACUGUCUCCUGGCCAGAGGCCUGGACAGAUCCCAAACAGUUAUGACAGAGGAGGGAAAGAACAAGGCGAUAUUAAGUUCUUUGCAAGGGGAAAUGGGGUGGGGUGGGGGGAGGCCCUGCCUCAGAAAGAGCUGCCUUGUAACCGGAGAGGUUUUUUGCUCUAACCCAGCCCAAUUUUUGUGACUGGUGGGGAAAUGUAGACCGUCCCUCCCUCAGCAGCAAGUUUAUUAAAUAUAGUAGUAGCUGAACCCUCAAUUGGAAACAGACGCUCGUCUGUUCAACUCCUGCCUCCUUCUUGGUGCUUCGGGGAAUGAGAGCACGGCUGGACCGUCCGUAAGCCAACGCGAUGGGAUCCGGUCUGGUUGUGUCGUUCUUUCCGCUCCUGUUCCAGCUCUUGCUCGAAACGUCCUUGCUCCACGCAAACCCAGAAUCAGGAGCAUCCUUCUUUGGAGAUGGCUACCUAGAAAUGCCCUUGGCAAGCACCUACAACACUGUCCAGCUUCACAUCCAGUUCUACACCAGUCAGCGCAAUGGACUUCUUUUCCUGGCUGCAGGGCAAACCAAUUAUCUCCUGCUGGAGCUCAGUGCUGGCGUCCUACAGGCCAGAAUGGACCUGGGCUCAGAAGAACUGACCAUCAAGUCUCCAGCAGGUCCUUAUCUCAACGACCUUGUGAUCCAUGAUGCCGACCUCUUGGUGGCAGACAGGCAGAUGACCCUGAUGGUGGACGGCCUCUUCAAUGCAUCCGUAGAAAUCCCUGGACCUCUGCAAGAGCUGGACGUUGAGUAUGGUCUCUAUGUGGGUGGAACUGGGAGCCUGGAGCUUCCAUACCUUGUAGGUGUAAGCACGCCAUUCAGAGGAUGUCUCCACGCGGUGACCUUCAAUGACCGCGAUGUCCUCUCUGCACUUGGGUCUGCUGCCCAGAAAUCCCGUGGCGUCCAAGAAGGUUGCAGCGUUGAGUUCUCCGCCGGCCCUGAUGACCCGCUUGGCUUUCUUGGACCAAACUCUUACAUUGCAUUCCCUGGUUGGAGUGCGAGAAACGAAGGGUCCAUUGAGUUUGUGAUCACCACGAGCGUCAAGCAAGCCCCGCUGAUCUACCAGUCAGGCCUGGAGAAUGACUUCUUCUACCUGGAUAUCGUUGACGGGCGUCUCAGAGGGAUCGUGGAGAAAGGCAACGGCCAAGUGGUGCUCCACAACAAUGUCUACCUCAGCAACGAGCAGGACCACUAUGUCAAGGUCUACAUGGAUGUCCGGAAGUUUGAGAUCCUUGUCGACUACUACGCCUCCCAGACCUCCAACAAGGGGAUUCACAGCCACCUCAAUCUCCAAGGACCCCUCUUUGUUGGAGGUCUGAACGAGAAGGCCGCUGCCCGGAUGAGAGAGCGUGGGUUGGCACGUAUGUCUGGAAACAACUUCUCCAACAGCUCUUUCGUUGGCUGCAUUGAAGACUUGAGGGUCAACCAGGAGAAGAGAAGCCUUCAAGAUGCUCUCGUCACGAGGAACAUAACCGCUGGAUGUGGGAAGCUAGAGGAAUAUUCGGACUACAGUGAUAGCUAUGAGCAGGAUGAGGCCACCACAAGUUCCCCUCUGGACGACUGGCAGGGCCCAGUCAUGGAGCCCUGCCACCCUGACCCAAAUCUUCCCCCCAUCUUUGCCAACUUCACCAAACUUCUCCAUGUCAGUCCUUUGGUGGUUGCCGAAGGUGGGACGGCUUUUCUGGAGUGGCGUCAUGCCCAACCGACGAUUGAUCUAAGCAGCGCCAACAUCCGUCAGUCUCAGGUCCUCUUCAGCGUGACCACUGACCCCCGGCAUGGAGAGCUUCAACUGGACAUCUCCCGGGCCAGAAACAGAAGGAAGUUCACUCUGUUGGACAUCGUGAACCGGAAAGUCAAGUAUGUCCAUGACGGUUCAGAGAGUCCGAUGGAUCAGCUGCUUCUGGAGGUCACUGUCACCGCUCGAGGAGAAAUCCCAGAGUGUUUGUGGCAAGGGCAGAUAUAUCUGCUGCCUAUCAAGGUCAACCCGGUCAACGAUGCUCCGGAAAUCAUCUUCCCACAUGGAGACCGCAUAGUCAUCCUGGAGCACACGCGGAAGCAACUCAACCCUGACAUUCUCCAAGCCCUUGAUGAUGAUACCCCCUGUGACAGCUUGAGGUUCCAGCUCCUUGGUGGGAAAAGAGUGGAAGAAGGUUUCGUGGAAAAUGAUUUCCACCCUGGAGUUCCCAUUGAGGAAUUUUCCUGCAGGGAUCUGGAAGCAGGUCACGUGGCCUACAUCCACCAGAAUGGACCAACGUCAUCACUCAUGAUCCAAGUCAAUGACGGCAUGGUCAUGAGCCCAGUGGCUACCUUGAGGAUCGUUGCUGUGGAGCCAGAUAUCCAGGUUCGAAACAACACAGGGCUCCAUGUUGCUCAGGGAGGUGUGGUUCCGAUCACCACGGCCAACCUCUCUGUGGAGACCAACGCAGUCCAGCAAAAGGUGCCCGUCCUGUAUCGCUUGACUAUGCCCCUCCAGUAUGGAGAAAUCCAAAAGCAAAGUGGAGAAUGGAAGAAAGUAGAGUCUUUCCACCAGCAAGAUGUGGAGCAAGGUCGCAUUCAAUACGUCAGCACCGAUGAGGAGCAGCAUACAGAAGACAUGAUUGAUAAGCUGGAGUUCAUUGUCCAAGUUGGCCAGAAGAUACUGAGAAACAACACCUUCCUCAUCAGGAUCACGAGAGCCACCAUCAAGAUGAAGACCAUGGUCCCUCUCCAGAUGAAACAUGAGAAAGAGAUGAACAUCACCACGGUGGAAAUGGAGGCAGCUUUGGAAGAGCCAAGUUCUAGCCUGGAGUCCUACCACUACACAAUCAUUCAGCCACCCAAAAAGGGCAACCUCGAGCUAUGUGGUAUGAGGCUGGUGGAAGGCUUUGGCUUUACACAGGAGGAUCUCCAAAAUCACCAGCUGAGAUACAGUGUGACCAUCAGAGACUCCAAGGAGACUGAAGAUUCCUUCCAGUUCCGCAUCAUGUCUGGAGCCCACUAUUCUCCCAUCUAUACCUACAAGAUACAGAUCGGGGGAGAUCCAGAAGCUCCAGUUCUGACCAAUACCCUGUUGUCCAUUCUAGAAGGAGGACAGGCCAUCAUUUCCAAGGACCACUUGUUCAUCAAGAGUGCCAACAAUGCCAAUUACCUGUAUGAAGUGAUAGAUGGUCCAACCAAUGGGAAGCUGAUGUGGAGAACGUCAAAGAGUUCACCAUCCAGUGAAGAAGUGAUCACAAAAUUUACCAAUGAAGAUAUCCUCCAGGGCCGUCUUGUGUACCAACAUGAUGAUUCAGAGACUCUGGAGGACGAUAUCCCAUUUGUGGCCAUCAAGCAGAUGGAAGGAAGUUCUGACUUGGAUGCAGAGGACGUGAGAGGCGUCUUCCGGGUCUCCAUCCAGCCUGUCAAUGACCACACCCCGGUCCAGGCGGUCAACAAGGUCUUCAAUGUGGUGCGGAAUGGGCAGCGUCUGAUGACCACCAAUGACAUUGCCUUUCUUGAUGAGGAUUCGGGCUUCUCAGACACACAGCUGGUGUUUGUAAGGAAGGACAUCCUCUUUGGUAGCAUCAUCGCUGCUGAUGACAGAAGUCGACAGGUCUACCGCUUCACCCAAGAUGACCUAAGGAUGAAAAGGAUCCUCUUUGUCCACUCUGGAGCUGACCGAGGCUGGAUCCAGUUCCAGGUUUCUGACGGCCUGCACCAGGUUGCCACCCUUCUGGAAGUCCAAGCUUCAGACCCUUACAUCAAAAUCCAUAAUCGCAGUGACCUAAUCGUUCACCAAGGUAGUCAAGCAACCCUUGACUCUUCCAUCCUCAGCUUGGAAACCAACAUGGACAUCAGGAACGAUGAAGACAUCCUCUUCCGCAUCAUAGCCCCACCCAAGUGGGGCGUGGUGUUGCGAGAUGGACAGGAAGUGUCUUCUUUCACCCAGAAGGACCUGCUUGCGGGAGAUGUUCUUUACCAUCACCAUAAUGGGAGCAAGAAUCCCCAGGAUAAAAUCCACGUCUCUGUCGAGGCAAACCAGGUGACCGUGGAGGAGGUACUUGAAAUCACAGUCCAUCCCAAUUCUCAACCAGACCCUUUGAAGAUCGUUCACAAUGAAAGGAUCCACAUCCUCCAAGGAGAAGCUGUGGAAAUCAAGAGCGACUACUUGCUGGUGGAGCAUGAAGAUAUACCUCCCCAUGAGAUCCUCUACACUGUCACCAUUCCUCCCCUCUCGGGGUUCUUGGUGGCCUUGUCUCAGGGCCACACUCCAGAUGAACCCAUCACCUUGGACCCGAUCCAGACGUUCACCCAAGAAGACAUCAACGAAGGCAAGGUCCUCUACUUGCAAUCCAGCCCAGAGAUAGAUGGCGACCAGUUCACCGUGGACAUCACAGCCAACGGAGUGGAUGCUCUGGACGGGGUCGUGGUGGGCCUGGACAUCCUUCCGAUCUCCAUCCCAUUGGAGGUUCACAACUUCACCGUGACUGAAGGGAGCAGCCAGGUGCUCUCCAUGGAUGUCCUAAAUAUACCCGGCACUUAUUUUACAACUCUUCAUGUGGAGUUUGUCGUCCUUGAAGCACCGGAGCAUGGCGUUUUCCAGAAUGUAGAGAGACCAGACGAAGAUGACUUGAAUGUCUUCUCCUGGUACGAGGUGGAGCAUCAGCUUAUCCGAUACAUCCAUGAUGGGAGCGAAUCCUUGACUGACCGCUUCACAGUGGUGGCCAACAUCUCCAAGGUCAACCAGCAGAGCCGACCCAAGACGGUCAACAUCAACAUCAUCCCAACCAACGACGAAGCCCCAAUUCUGGUGGUCAACUUGGGACUACAGAUCCAAGAAGAUGCCAUGGCAGAGAUUACUCCUGAGCUCCUUCUGAGCAAAGAUGAAGACAGUCCUCCCGAGGAAGUGGUCUACUCCAUCAGGAGACCCAUCAAUGGGAAGGUGGUGUUGAAGUCGUCGCCCAACGACACAACCCAGCGCUUCACCCAGGCCCAGAUCAACAGCCGACUUGUUGAGUUUGUCCACAAAGGAGCCCUGGAUGGAGGAUUCUCCUUUGAUCUAUCGGAUGGAGAGAACAUGUCUCCAGGGCAUUUCUUCGCUGUGAGGGCCCAAAAGAAGCUGACUCUCAUUCUGGAAAAUAAGGAAGAUCUGGCCGUCUGUCCAGGUACUUUUCAGCCAAUAAGAAGCCAGAAUCUGAAAGCGGUGACCAACGAUGACAAAGGAACCCAGUCUUGGUUAUAUAUCGUAGACCAGCCCCCACAAUUUGGCCGGUUGCUCAACAACCAGAAGGACAACAACGGAGAGCAGUUGAGGAAUUUCACCCAAUCUGAGGUAGACAAUGGAGUGAUAUCGUACCAUCACGAAAUGCCGUCUGAGCCUUUUUGGAGCCUUGAAGAUGCCUUCCACUUCCGCCUUUCUUCUCCAUCCACAACAACGGAUCCAUACGUCCUCGGCGUGUCGGUAUCAUUCGAGAACGGUUGUCCCCAGGGCUCCACUCGGUUGUGGAGGAACAAAGGUCUUACUCUUCCAGAAGCUCAAAGCAAAGUGAUAGACAUCUCAUUGUUGGAUGCUUCCAACCUCCUAGUCUUUAAAGAACCGGGUGCCAAGAGACGGUCCUAUGAUGUGUUGUUUCUGGUCACCCAACUACCUGCUCAUGGAACCCUGUCUGUACCAGAUGGUCCGGUCAAUAGGGAGCACCCCUAUUUCCUGCAAUCUGACCUUGCUGCAGGUGGGUUGGAGUAUGCUCACCAUGGACCCGGCACCAUGGAUGACCAUUUCCGGUUUAGCGCCUGGCUCCGGCCUCUUGGUGUGAAAUCAAUCCAGCCUCCACAAAAGGAAGAAGGGCCUGUCAUUUCUGGAAUAUUCAACAUCACGGUGAAGGAUAGUAAUGAGGUCCCUCCACGGCUGGUCAGCCAAGAACACGUUCUGCGAGUCCUUCACGGCUCGUCUUUGGUGAUCUCCCAAGACCACUUGAAUGUCAAGGAUCCUGACAGCUCCCCAGAGGAAAUCAAAUACGACAUCCUUUCUGGAUCAUCCAGUGGGUUUGUGACCCAUGUCCACAAUAAGCAGGUGCCUGUUUCCCAGUUUACUCAAGCAGACAUCAACACAGGGCGCAUAAUGUUCAUCGCCAAUGGAACUAGCUCUUCUGGGACCUUAGACUUUGCCAUCUCCGAUGGACAUAAUCCAACCAUUUUUACUUCCUUGGAAAUUAUGGUUGUUCCAGCAAUCACCUGGGCAACCAAUCAGACACUCUUGGAGAUUCCACAGGACAUUAACGUGGCCCCGUUGUCCCAUGACCAUCUUCUAGGGACUUUGGAUGAAGGGGAGCACAAUGCUCUCUAUAGAAUCAUCGGAGACCCACAGUUUGGCCAAAUCGAGGUCAACCAAAAACCCGUGAAGGAAUUUUCACAGAAGCAAGUGGAUGAUGGAGAAGUGUUGUUUACUUUCACUGAUUUUGUCUCCUCCGAGGAUGGUUUCCAGUUCCUUGCCACUUCAGGAGAGGUCAACAUAUCAGGUGUGGUGAGCGUCGCAGUGAAGGCCUUGGUCAAAACUCAACAAGACGCCCUCUGGCCAAGAGGAACCACGAUCCAGCUUGACACCAGCAUCCUUGACGCAAGUGAGCUGGCCAACAGGACCAAGAGUAAUCCCGAAUUCAAAAUCCUUCAAGGUCCCCAAAGAAGCCAGUUUGUGAAGGUCUCCAGAGAUCCUACAAACCAAAUUGUCCCCAUCGAUACCUUCACUCAGCAUGAUCUUGAGCAAGGUCUGGUCGGCUUAGAAAUCUGGGAGGUGGGAGACCCUGAGGAAAGGCAAGAACAAGACAGUUUCCAGUUUGAGUUGGCUGCUGAGGGAGUUCCUCCAGCUCUGGAGUCUUUGGGGUACAUCACCGAGGCCUUCAACUCCACAAAGCCCUAUGGAGUGACGCUUUUGAAGGUGCCCAGUUUACGAGAGAAGGACUCCAGCUCCACCCACCAAGACAGGACCUCUUCUCCCCAAACAUUCACCAACAGUCCCUUUGAGUCCAAACCGUCCAGCCCGAAUCCCAGUGAGCAACCAGUCCAUCCGACAGCAUUGCUGGACCAAGGGAUAUUAACCACCGUGUCCUCUCCAGGAGAAAGGGGCACGCUUCUCAGUUUCAUUGAAGCCAACAUGUUCAGCAUCAUCCUGCCCAUCUGCCUCAUCCUUCUUCUCCUGGCCUUGAUCCUGCCCUUGCUCUUCUACCUCCACAAGCGGAACAAGACGGGCAAGCACAACGUCCAAGGGACGCCCCCCAAAUACAAGAACGGGACCGUGGUUGACCAAGAGACCUUCCGGAAGACCGAGCCCAACCAAGGCAUUCCUUUAUCAACAGUCAGCACACUGGAGGCCAAAGAAGCGGGACUCAACUCUAAAGGUUUAGGGCCAGGUGGACAACAGGAGCCUGAACUUCUACAGUAUUGUAGGACAUCUAAUCCAGCCUUAAAGAACAGCCAAUACUGGGUCUGAGGGUUGGGAACAAAGACUUAACAGUGUCACUGUCUCCAAGUAGAGGUCCUCCUGCCUCUUCCUUCUUCUCCUUGUCCUCCUCUUUGUUGAUACAUACAAGAGACAUGAAUUCCAUGCUUGGCCCAAAACCUUCUAGGAUUGUCCUCAAGGACGUUCGUUGCCUUCAUCAUGGGAAAUUUCCAAGGAAAACAAGCAAAACUCUUUAAUUUCAGAGGGCGUAUUGAAAAGCACAAUUGAUCUUCUAGAGAACCAAAGAUUCCUUCUUUUUUUCAAAGAGCCGAGGACUCUGAAUUUUCAAGACCAUGCUCGUAGAACUAAAAGAAGGACAUUAUUCAGAUGUUCGGAGUGGUGGGGUUGCAAUGCCUUGCUCUGCCGUAUGACGAGCAAAAAGUCCAAAGGACGAUAAAGCACAAUAAUAGGAACCAAUUGUACAAAUGCAUGUCUGGUGGUCUAACUUAUGCAGGUUGCAGAAUUUUUUGUUGCAGAAUAGAAAGUGAGCCUGGUGCUGAAUUUUGACCCGAUUUAGAAGCUAAAUGAAGCAACUUCUGAACAUGAGUCAGACAUGCUGGGCAAUGCUUACAAAAUGCCAUUUUGCCUUGUAGGUUUUGGGUUUUUUUAAAUAUAAUUUUCCAGGCAAAUGUUUGGGGCAUCGAAGCGAUGAAACGGUCUGGUGACGUUGAGGCGGAAAGGCUGAGAUUCGGGUAGGUUUUGUUUCGACAAGCCAAACGUUGAGCUGUCCUUGGGAUCAUUCUGAAUCAUCCGUUUCCAGCCCUCGGAGUAAAGAUUUCUCCAAAGUCGGGACGACGAGGAUGAACUUGCAUUAUGUUCCAGUGGGAGAUGCAAUGUCUUCUCUAAGGUUGGGCAACCCAGCAAAAAAAAAGAGAGAAAAACUGGGCCCAAAAACAUACAAGAAAGCAUUCCUUGGUCUUCUCUCCACAAGGAAUGAACUCAUGGGACCAGAAUGUCAACAAACCAGGGAAGACAUCUCAUAAAGUGUUUGAAUCGGGUCCAUAUCUCCUAAAAAUGGGUCUGGAAAGGGACGAGGUUGCAUCAACGUUGUAGAAAGAAUGCAGUUUGAUACCACUUGAAUUGACAAGUCAUCGCUGUAGAGCAGGCAUGAGCAAACUCCAGCCCUCUGGGUGUUUUGGACUCCAACUCCCAUCAUCCCUAGCAGUCUCAGGCCCCUUCCUUUUUCCCCUCAGCCACUUAAGCGGAGUGAAGAAUAGAUUAAGCAGAUGUUCAGAAAGAUUCUGUGAGAAGUUGGUGAAACCCAGGUGUGUGUGACAUGAUUUCAUGGCUUCUUGGUCGGGCCUGGGUUUAAAUUAAGUGAUGUUUACUUGGUGCAUACAUAACUUUUUUUUAAUAUAUAUAUUUUAUUGAAGUUUUACCUUAUAAGAUAGAGUAAAUUAACUUUAUUACGGUCUAUGGACCCACAGCUGUUAAGUGAAUAACAUACAAGAGUUUACAGAACAGUCAAACCGGGGAAAUUGCUUAACAAACACAAACUACACAAAGUCAGGUAAUUCCCUAGGCUCAUCCACCAUGGAUCAGAGCUUAAUUCUCCUACAUCUAGCGGAGAAAUACCAUAAAAUACUAAAUUCUUCGUGGCCUUCAUGGAUUGAAAAGCAGCAUUUGAUUCCGUCUCCAGACCCAAAUUAUGGUCUAAGCUAGAUAAGUGAAACGCAAAAAGGAAAGUAUGGUAUGUAAUGUGUGAGUACUACGUUAGUAAUGUAAUACUAUCUUCUAUAUCAAGAGAGCAGUAGAUUCUGCUUGUUUUUCAUUUAUUUGAUUGGACAAGAUUGUAACCAAUCUACAGACUACAACAGUUUUAUGUUAAGACUUAUGUGAAGGGUUGUCUUGUUGUACAUAUAUAUGUUAAGAACUGUUUAUUUACCUCGAUUCAACGCUGCGACAACUAUUUUGAUUGUUAUUAAGUCAACAAUAAGACUUUAUCUGGUUUUGAUUUCUAUUUGAGAGAACUGACACUGAAACUAUAAAGAGGAAUAGUUUUUCCUUAAUACCUUUGUAAGUGUUGCUGAGUAUAUUCCUUUAUGUUAAGAACCAUACUAAUGUAGUUAAAGUGAAUACAGGUAGUGGAUACCUAAAGUAAAGUAUUCAUUGUAAUAUAUACUAUUAGUAAAUGUAAGAGAUUCUAGAGGGCUCUGAUCUACCACUGUUUCUAAUCGAAUCCAAUUUUGGUUGAUGUUAAUAAGAUACCAUAAUCCCCUUCUUUGGCAGCUUGCAUAACAAGUGCCACUAAAAGUUGUUUAUAUAGAAGAUAGUAUUACAUUACUAACAUAGUACUCACACAUUACAUACCAUACUUUCCUUUUUACGUUUCACUGUAGAUUAUAGACAUCUGCGUUUUGAGUUACUAAACUAGAUAAGUGUCUAACCGACAGAAGACUAUUCUUCCUCAUCAAAGAGCUAUACAGGGACACUCUUUUACAGGUGUCCUCAGGGCCAAAUUUCAAAGCCAAUUCAAAUGAUCAGAGGAGUCAGGCAGGGUUGUAUCUUAGCCCUGACCCUGUUUAACAUAUUUUAAAAUGACCUAGAAGAAAUCAUCAUGAUGGACACCUUCCCAGUUUGGGCACGAGGAGAGUCCCCAUUCUGCUUUAUGCAGACGACACAGCCAUCCUGUCCAGAUCCAGACCAGGGCUCCUACAUCAACUCAAGAUACAGUAGAGUCUCACUUAUCCAAGCUAAACGGGCCGGCAGAAGCUUGGAUAAGCGAAUAACUUGGAUAACAAGGAGGGAUUAAGGAAAAGCCUAUUAAACAUCAAAUUAGGUUAUGAGUUUACAAAUUAAGCACCAAAACGUCAUGUUAUACAACAAAUUUGACAGAAAAAGUAGUUCAAUACACGGUAAUAUUAUGUUGUAAUUACUGUAUUUACGAAUUUGGCACCAAAAUAUCACGAUAUAUUGAAAACAUUGACUACAAAAAAUGGCUUGGAUUAUCCAGAGGCUUGGAUAAGCGAGGCUUGGAUUAGUGAGACUCUACUGUAUUUACAGACUAUUGCAAAACAAAUGAGCUAAUUAUCCAUUUUAGCAAAUCAAAAGUCCUUGUUUUUGAACGCAAAUACACAAAAUACAAAUGUGUUGUCGAAGGCUUUCAUGGCCGGGAUCACAGGGUUGUUGUAUGUCUUUCGGGCUGUGUGGCCAUGUUCCAGAAGCAUUCUCUCCUGACGUUUCGCGUCACAACCUCUGAGGAUGCCUGCCAUAGAUGUGGGCGAAACGUCAGGAGAGAAUGCUUCUGGAACAUGGCCACACAGCCCGAAAGACAUACAACAACCCCAAAAUACAAAUGGUCUACUGGAAAAUUCCCUUUAGAGCAGGUAAAAAGCUUCGAGUACCUGGGACUGACUUUCCACCAUACAUUAUCAUGGAAAGAACAUAGAGAAACUGUGACCCAAAAAGCCGAGACUAAGAUUUUACUACUUGGUGUCUCAAGUCUAUGUCACUUAAGCAGCGGAGGGGGGAAAGGAAGGAGCCCGAGGCUGUUAGGAAUGGUGGGAGUUGGAGUCCAAAACACCUGGAAGGAGGGCCCAAGUUUGCCCAUGCCUACUCUAACUACAACUCCCAAGAUCCCACAACAUUGAGCCAGGACAGUGAACGUGCUGCCAAACUGCAUCCAUUCAACAGAGUUGAUGCUCCCCAAGGUGUCAAUUAAAGGUCUAUGUCCAAAGUAACCCAAACGAGGUGUAAACCCAGGCCUGAAUAUUUAGAAGAGUUUUUUUAAAUGUCUAUCUGAUUGAAUAAUUUAUAACAGAGAUGGCCAACUUUGUCAAGAUGGUUGAAAUAAAGCAGGUUAUUUUUCACA